GCAGUUCUCUCCCCCUCUGCCAGUGCCCAACCUGCAUCUUAGACUUCCAGUUGCCAGCUCCUCCUUCCGACCUCGUUGGAAUAAAUACUCAUACCCUGCCCGGUCAUAAGCUAAGCUUAGUGUGCCGAUUUCCUCCUUCCAUCAAGGUUCUCAUCGACCAUCAUCACACAACAUGUCUGCCACUGCAGGAAAGACCAUUACUUGCAAGGCCGCCGUCGCCUGGGAGGCCGGUCAGCCCUUGAGCAUCGAGGACAUCGAAGUUGCCCCGCCCAAGGCCCACGAGGUCCGUAUCGAAAUCUACCACACCGGUGUCUGCCACACAGAUGCCUACACUCUCUCUGGUAAGGACCCCGAGGGAGCCUUCCCCAUCGUCCUCGGUCAUGAGGGCGCCGGUAUCGUCGAGUCCGUCGGCGAGGGUGUCACAAACGUAAAGGUUGGCGACCAUGUCGUCGCCCUCUACACACCAGAGUGCCAGGAGUGCAAGUUCUGCAAGUCGGGCAAGACCAACCUCUGCGGCAAGAUCCGCGCCACCCAGGGCAAGGGCGUUAUGCCCGACGGCACUUCUCGCUUCAAGUGCAAGGGCAAGGACCUGCUUCACUUCAUGGGCACCUCCACCUUCUCCCAGUUCACCGUCGUUGCCGACAUCUCAGUCGUUGCCGUCCAGCAGGAUGCUCCCAUGGACCGCACUUGCUUGUUGGGCUGCGGUAUCACCACCGGAUACGGCGCCGCCAGAAUUACCGCCAACGUCCAGGAGGGCGACAACGUCGCCGUCUUCGGUGCCGGCUGCGUCGGUCUCUCCGUCGUUCAGGGUGCCGUCGUGAACAAGGCUGGAAAGAUUAUCGUCGUUGACGUUAACCCCAACAAGGAGGAGUGGUCGAGAAAGUUCGGCGCGACGGAUUUCGUCAACCCCACCAAGCUCGGAGACCAGUCUGUGGUCGACAAGCUCAUUGAGCUUACCGACGGCGGCUGCGACUUCACGUUCGACUGCACUGGUAACGUCAGCGUCAUGCGUGCUGCUCUCGAGGCUUGCCACAAGGGAUGGGGACAGAGCAUCAUCAUCGGUGUCGCUGCUGCUGGUCAGGAGAUUGCCACCCGUCCGUUCCAGCUCGUCACCGGUCGUGUCUGGAAGGGUUGCGCGUUCGGCGGUGUCAAGGGCCGCUCUCAGCUGCCCGGUCUCGUGCAGGACUACAUCAAGGGUGACCUCAAGGUGGACGAGUUCAUCACCCACAGGAAGACCCUGGGCGAGAUGAACAACGCCUUUGAGACCAUGAAGCAAGGCGACUGCAUCAGAGCCGUGGUCGACAUGCGCAAUGAAAUCGAUAUCCCAGUACCUCCUCGCGAAUCCAAACUGUGAAGCCAGGUGGGCGGGCUUGUGAAGAUGGUUUUGGUCCCGGGUCGUCGGCGACGAGGUGGAACCGCUCAGCCUGUCCGUACGCGCAACGUCGCGAUAUAUGUCGAUAGCAAAAUGCUUACACCAUGUCGUCAAGAUUCCAUGUCCUUCCUCACCCGUGAUCUUUUGUGACUUGAAUUCGUGUGUUUCCCUUGGGUGGUCUUCCAUUGGGGUUCUAGACCAUCCGCUUGUACAGUUCUGGGCACCCGCGGCGGUGACAUCCGGCGGCGCGCGGUCCCGGUAGUAGAUGGUCCCAAAAGUCCGGGCCCCCAACUCGCCCUGCCGGUGACGGGGCCGGCACGUAUUCCUUCCACCGCUGUGUGAGUACGGAAUAGAUCUGGGGUUGCCUCAACUACUAGAUGGAAUCAGCACUAGCUACCGGAGUCAUAGGAUUCUUGUAAUUAUCGGAUGGAAGGAUGACCGCUUGAAUCAAUUCAAAAGGUUUUGAUCCAUCAUCCAGCAGGUUCUGUUAACAGAAAGAUCCAAGAGAGAGCAUGCCAGAUGCACGUUGUCCGUCACGGAAGCUUAUCUCCCCGCUUUUGAGAGAAGAUACAGGUAUCAUGGAUGCUUCGAGCAGUUUCAAGCCAAAUUACAGCAGCUCUUGCCCCCAUCCAUCUCUCUUCUUGUUGCCCUAGGGUGGUGGACUGAUGGUCCUCAACAACGGGUUUGUGAGAAUAGGGUGCGGUACACCCAUCAAACGCCAUUGAGUCACAUACCUGUACGAAUACGUCUUUGUCUCAAUGAAUAUCCCACGGAUCCGGCCGAGACAUCCAUUCACUCCUGAAUACCACAUCCUUCUUAUCAAUUAAUUAUUAUCUAAAAGAGCCGCAGUACCUAUUGUUCAUUGUCCGGAUGUCUUUGGGCGAGAUUAUCCGCGCCUCCUGUCUCGGAAAUAUGCGGGCACUGCUGAGGCUUCUAUUUUGUUAUUUGACUGCAGGCCUGGUUGGACUUUUGUAAAGCCGUUGUGCCGAUAUACUUGCUCAUCUCCCAUCAAGCGGUGGCAUGUCUGCUGUCUAGUGUUGCCUCCCUCCCAUGGGAUGCUUCCUUGGGGAUGAGACGGAUGUCAAGCCACAGACCCCAAAUGGUUAUAUUGGUUGAGGAGGAGUGGGACUGGGGAAUCGGACGAUUUUUUUGGCAGAGCGAACCGGGGGUGGUAAAUAGAAUGAACCGUGGGGAAUCGCACGGGAAACAACAUCAAAACCGUCCGGUUCACCGUUUGGCUCGUAAUUUUAGGAGAUAGUCGUGACUGGGGGAGGCCGAGGACAGUAGGGGUUCCCCCCAUCGUAAAUCAAGAUCCGGGUGCAUUGAUGGCUAAUUUUGAUGGGCAAUCAAAGCUAGACUGGCAAUCUCGACGUCCGGCGUAGCAUCGACUAACACUGUUGGGGGACAACCCAGAAGGCAAGUUAGAGAGGGAAGAAUGUCCCCGUAGAAGGUAAUAGGAGGCGGUGUAAAUAAACAUAGGACUGCUCCAUAAAUGAGGAUUCCCUCAAUCGGAUGUUGAGCAAAGGAUUGUGUAACUCACAUUUUUGACACAUGUCUAAAGGCACCCGGCGUUUCACUUCCGAGGGUUUUGCGGAAUGCGAGAAAUGACAUCAAGGGCUGUUAAGCCCGAGAUUUUGAGUUGACUCUUGCCAACGCACAUGUGCUCUCCAUUGCCAUCCGAACCGUAGGAUUCGAGAUCCAGCGAUUGCUCCAGCGAUCCAUCAGCGGGCGGGCCUCAAAUGGUUGGGUGCGGGCCUGCUGGCUCGAAAUGCAAGGCGGUCUCGGACCCUCGACAACUCUGCGAAGUAGGCGGUUAUUACUCGACGAUGCGAGGUUGGCUGGUCUCGUGAACAGGCGAGGCCACACCUCAGGAUGCAAUUCCCCCUCAGGGAUGAUAAGAUAAGACGAGCCAGACAUGGGGUAAGGUAGGUAGGUCAACAACCGGAUCGCAAGGAUCGUCUUGUCGGGGUAUUCGUAUCCUUUGAUUCAUCCCCUCUUCGAGAACAACACCGGACACGAGAUAAUGACCGUGGAUAUCCCGUGUUCGGUAUGCGGGUACGACGAACGAGG